GAAGCAAAGUUUGAAUUAGUAUACAGCCGGACAUGAUCCUACUAAGUACUCGUACGAUGCGAAAUGGUAUUUCAGCGUUCUCCAGUUCGAAGACACGAUUUUGACAGCUCGGACGACGACGAGGACAACGGUGGUGUUGAAGAUCUUUCACCUUUCCAAGUUGACUGGAUCGAUCUCUCGUUCACUGGAUGCUGUGCAGAAGUUGUUGGUAUCAGUGGAUUGCCAGGUUGUAGAUAUCGUGGAACAAACAGAAAUUUAACAUUCGAUAUAGCCCAGUUAAAAGAUAUGAACAUCACAGAUGUGUUUGUGUUCUGCUCCAGUAAUGAGAUGGCCAGAUGCAGAGUUCCUACUCUCCUAGAUGAGUACAGCUGGGCUGGAUUUGAAGUUCAUCAUUUUCCAGUUGAUGUAGGAGGUGUUCCAACAAUGGAUAAAUGUAGCAGUAUCAUUGAGCAGUUAAGGCAGUGUAUUAGUUAUGGACAUAAGACAGUUUUACACUGUGUAUCUGGAUUAGGGAUUUCUUGUUUAGUGGCAGCUUUCUUGUUGUUAAGUUUGGAUGAGACUCUGUCCCCUGAUCAUGUGAUAUCCAAGUUGCGACAAAUCAGAGGUCAGAGAGCAUUUCAAACGAUCAAGCAAUAUAACUUUGUCCACGAGUUCAGAGACUUGCACAAAGCACAUGUUGAAAAUCAGCGGAAUUCUGCAGAAGCUGCACCAAGAUCGCUUUCAAGAUGAAAGGAAAGUAAAUAUUGAAUAAUAAUACGUUGCAUAAUUAGGAGUUUUAAACAGAAAUUUUCUGAAAGUUUUAAAUACAGUGUUGUCUUGUUAUCUUGUCUAAAUAAUUAACAAUUAUUCACCGAAGGCGAGGUGAGUAUCUUUGAAUAAUCCCUAAGACGAGGUCGAGGGGAUUGUUCGACAGUAUUCACUGAACCUGAGGCAAAUAAAAGUUUUAGUAUAAUUUCAGAGCUGAACAACAGAGAAAUUUCUAAAAU